AUGACCGUCCCUGCCCCAAAUCCGAUUGUUUGCUAUGACAGUACAAACAUAGCUGGUUCCCCAUACGGUCCUUACUGGAGACAAAUGCGCAAAAUAUGCACCAUGAAGCUCCUUGGUCCUGAGAAAGUCCAAUCAUUUGGCUCUAUCAUGCAAGAUGAGGCUUGGCAUCUCAUUUCAUCUAUCCAGGCUCUAUCUGUUGCUGGAGCUCCAAUCAAUUUAACUGAAAAACUGUCCUCCUACACGAGCUCCAUGGUUUUUAGAGCAGCAUUCGGGAAAGUAAGCAGACAGCAUAAGGAUACAUUCUUACAGGUUUUGAAGCAAGCACUACCCCUUGUAAGUACUUGUGAUGUCUCUGAUCUUUUUCCGUCAUACAAGAUUCUUCAUCCCUUUAGUCGGGUGAGUACUAAAGUCAUGAAGAUGCACCAAAAGAUUGAUAAAAUUUUCGACAACAUAAUUGCUGAGCGUGUUGAUAACUUAGCAAGAACGAGAAAGGGCAUGGGAGAAUCCAGCGAUGAAGAUCUAAUUGAUGUUCUACUAAGAGUAAAAGAAAGUGGUGAUCUUCAAAUUCCAAUCACCAACAACAAUAUCAAAGCUGUUCUGAUUGACUUGUUUACAGGUGGCCUUGCAAAUGUACCCGCAGCUGUUGAAUGGGCGAUGGCUGAGAUGAUCAGAAAUCCAUAUGUGAUGGCCAAGGCACAGAUUGAAAUAAGGGCAGCCUUUAUGGGAAAGAAAACAACAAUUGAAGAAACUGAUGUUCAAGACUUGGAGUACCUGAAGUUGGUCGUUAAAGAAACUCUAAGGCUGCACCCUCCUGCUGCACUUUUAGUCCCUAGAGAAUGUAGGGAGCAAUGUGAAAUAGACGGAAAUAUAAUCCCCAUCAAGACCAGAGUCAUAGUUAAUGUCUGGGCAAUAGGAAGGGACCCUGAGUAUUGGGAUGAUCCAGAGAGUUUUAGACCCGAGAGAUUCGAAAACAGCUCCAUUGAUUUCACUGGAACUCACUUUGAGUAUCUCCCUUUUGGUGCAGGAAGGAGGAUGUGCCCAGGAAUUUCAUUUGCUAUGCCUAAUAUUGAGCUUCCAUUAGCUCUUUUGCUCUAUCAUUUUGACUGGAAACUCCCAACUAGCCUCCAUUCCAAUGGUGGUUUAGACAUGAGCGAGGCAGUUGGAUUUUCUGCUAGAAGAAAACAGCACCUUUGCUUGCUGGCCUCUUUGUGUGAUCCUGCCCUUGAUGUCGCAUGCCGGACUCCAGUAACAGAUUAA